AUGGGGUCAGCAGAUGAUGGAGGAGCAGGGGAGUUUUGCCUUCAAGAGCUGCUGGAAAUAGAAAGCAUGGAGGAUGAGUUGCUGAUGCAUGAGAUGUGGACACAUUACAACAGUGAUGAUGACACAGAGGAUGAUGAUGAUGGAGAAAUAGCAAAAAAUGGCAUAAGUAGGAUGACAUUAGAUAGGAUAUGGAAAGAUGCAAAAAAACAGAGAGAAGCUGGGCAUGCCAUAGAUGUGAGAAACAAAAAAGCAGGAAGAUGUGGUAGGAAGCUUAAAGUAUAUGAUGACAAAUGGCUUCAGUCAGUCCCACUUAAUCUGAGGACAAGUAUAAGGGCAUUUGCUGGAUAUCUUAAAAUCCCCCCCUCAACUGUUUACAGUCUAUUGAAACGGGGCAAGCUGAGAAGUCACACUAGCAGCACCCACCAAAAACUGACUGAAGAUCAUAAGAUUCAAAGAAUGAAGUGGGUGUUACAACACAUAUUACCAGCAACAAGGACACAACCACCUAAAUUUGUUGACAUGCAAAAUGUUGUUCACAUAGAUGAGAAGUGGUUUUAUUUAAGUCCAGAUAUGAGAAGGUUUUAUUUGCUUCCUGCUGAAGAUGACCCUUAUAGUUGUUGUCAGUCCAAGAGGUUUAAAAUAAAAGUCAUGUUCAUGUGUGCCACAUCUAGACCUAUUAAGGACAGUGAGGGAAGGAUGAUACAUGAUGGGAAAUUUGGUAUCUACCCUUUUGUUGAGUAUGCAAGAGCUAAGUAUUCAACAAAAAACAGAAGGGCAUGUACUAUGUUGACAAAGGCAAUUGAAAGUGUUACACUACCAGUUAUGAGGGAUAUGAUAGUUAACACUAUCAUACCUGCCAUAAUGAGGAAUUGGCCAGAAGGUGUGUCCAAAGAAAUCUACAUACAACAAGACAAUGCUAGACCUCACAUUCAUGCAUCAGACCCACAAUUUAUUGCAGCAGCAACUCAGAAUGGAUUCAAUAUCCAACUCAUCAAUCAGCCAGCUCAGUCCCCUGACUUAAAUGUGCUAGACUUGGGGUUUUUUAGAGCAAUUCAGGCACUACAAUAUCAAUCAUUUCCUAAGAACCUAAUGAACUGA